AGAUUCAUACUAUGGCAGCAGAGACGACGAAUCAGGAAAUCAAUUUCUCAUACCAAGAGCGUUCUCUUCUUCCUUCGCUGUACCUCUCGCAUUGUUUCUAAGGUUCUGAAAGAAGUAAACAUGUCAGUUCUUAUUAUGACGAGCCUUGGGGAUAUAGUAAUUGACCUUUACUCGACUAAAUGCCCUUUGACCUGCAAGAACUUCCUCAAGCUUUGCAAGAUCAAAUACUACAAUGGGUGCCUGUUUCACACUGUGCAAAAGGAUUUCACAGCUCAGACGGGUGAUCCAACUGGCACAGGAGCUGGUGGAGAUUCAAUCUACAAAUUUCUGUAUGGUGAGCAGGCUCGUUUUUUCGGUGAUGAGAUUCAUCUUGAUUUAAAACAUUCAAAGACCGGUACUGUUGCAAUGGCCAGUGGUGGAGAAAAUCUCAAUGCUUCCCAGUUCUAUUUUACACUUCGUGAUGAUUUGGACUAUCUUGAUGGGAAACACACUGUGUUUGGGGAGAUUGCUGAGGGGUUGGACACUUUGACUAGGAUAAACGAAGCUUAUGUUGAUGCAAAGAACAGACCUUACAAAAAUAUUAGAAUCAAGCACACUUAUAUACUUGAUGAUCCAUUUGAUGAUCCCCCACAGCUGGCUGAAAUGAUACCAGGAUCUUCCCCCGAAGGAAAACCGACGGAAGAGGUCAAAGAUGACGUGCGACUUGAAGAUGAUUGGGUACCAAUGGAUGAAGAACUUGGUGCCCAGGAACUGGAGGAAAUUAUCCGCGAAAAGGCUGCCCAUUCUAGUGCUGUUGUACUUGAAAGUAUAGGAGAUAUUCCUGAGGCUGAGGUAAAACCUCCUGACAACGUGCUGUUUGUCUGCAAACUGAAUCCUGUGACUGAGGAUGAGGACCUCCAUACUAUAUUUUCACGCUUUGGAACCGUUGUAUCGGCUGAUAUAAUCCGGGAUUUCAAGACAGGUGACAGUUUGUGCUAUGCUUUUAUAGAGUUUGAAAACAAGGAGUCAUGUGAACAGGCGUAUUAUAAGAUGGACAAUGCUCUGAUCGAUGAUAGACGAAUACAUGUGGAUUUCAGUCAGAGUGUGUCCAAACUUUGGUCACAGUUCCGGCAGAAAGACUCCCAGAAGGGUAAAGGGAAUGGAUGUUUCAAAUGCGGCUCGACGGAACAUGUUGCUAAGGACUGUGUGGGUGGUGAUCAGGCUUCAAAGUACAUUGUAAAAGAUCAAAACAGACAGCACGGAGGAGGUGAAGGCUAUGAUAUGGUAUUUGAGGGUGAUGUACCUGAAUUGCCUAAGAGAGAGCAUAAUAGUCAAGAGAGGGAAGUGAGGGAGAGGAGGGAGAAGAGUCAAAGGAGAAGUCCUCAUGGUAAUGGGGAAGGCAAAAGACGCCAGAGAGAUGAAGUUGAUGAUGGUAGAAGACAGCAUGGCCGGGAAGAGGUAAGAGAAAAGGAGAGGAGACACAGAGAGAGAGAAGAAAGAGACAGUAGGGAAGAUGAAGAAGAGAGAAGAAGAAGAAGACGCCGUGAAGAGAUGAGAGAUAGAGAUAGGCGUGAGGAGAGUCGAAGAUACAGAGACGAGGAUCAUCAGAGUCAUAAAGAGAGGAGAAGAGAGAGAGACAAUGGACAUGGAAGAAGGGAUAGGUGAAAGACCAUGGGCUUGGCGUUUAGGGUUGAUAGGGUUUUAGGUGGGUUCUGUAUCUCUUGAGUUUUUGACUAAGUCAAAGUUUUAAUUGUUUCCCUAUUAACUCAUCUAGUAAAACUAGAUUAGCUUUGGUCUCUUUCUUUAUAUAACGCUUUUAUCACAAACCAGCCAUACUCUCCUCCUAUCAUUAUUUUUCAAUUGAAUUAUCUUUGUUUA